AUGGAAUCGCCCCCACUCCCAGAGUUGGCGUACACCGUCACCGGCAUAUUCACGGUUUGGAGUGCUGUCAAGGCCCUCGAUCUCGCCCGCCCACCGGCACCCCCACCGGUACACUCACCAGCAUCAAGCCCCUCGGCACCGUCGCCCUCGCCCACGCCCUCGCCCUGCACUACUGGCCACUACGGCUCCUCCCUCCCCUCCCCAGCCAUGCUUGGCGCCAUGCACAGCCUGCUCAACAAGGACGACACGUACUGGACCGUCACGUACAAGAUCCUCCGCUCCGCUCCCCGCUGGGUGGCGUCGUUUGACAAGAUCAAGGCCAAAAUGGACAAGUUUGAGCAAGGCAGGAACCGGCUCGAGGUCUCGGUGUGCGAGGCGUACACCCCACAGGCACUGACCGAGUGGGGUAUCCUGGUAAACGAGAAGCGGAGGAAGCUGUUGGCGUGGACGAGCGAGGAUGUGCUGGAGGCAGGUGGCGAGGAGGGCACGGCUGAGGUGGCGAGCGCGGGCAGCGUGCACGAGGGGGAGGUUGCGGGCAGUGACGCAGACGACGGGUCUGUAGCGGAGACGGAGGAGUUGGCGCCUGCCGUCAAGAGGGGCAAGGCAAAGGACAAGCGCAAGAGGGCAAAGGGAAAGGGCAAGAAAGGUCGACGCGCCAGGAUGCCGAUUGUGGACUCGGGGUCGUCGACCGAAGUCGACGAUGUGGGCGACGUGAGUCUCCAGCUGGACCUCGUUGGCGAAUCCGAGACACUGCCCGUUCACGACACGCCUGCGGCACAACUCGACCCCGUCACGGACCACCUCGAGCCUACCUUGGACGGCAGCAACGCCGACCUCGUUCCCAUGAUGGUCGCGUUUACACCCAUCGACGGUUCCCCUCUCACGGCUCCCACGUCGCCCACGGUGCCUGCCACAACUGCCAGUGAACCCAUCCCGCCUCACGUUGACGCCAUCCCUACUCUCAACGACCAGGCAAGAAACGGUUCCCAGCCACAAAGUCCCCAGCUCCUCGAGACAACCAACUUCUCCGUCCCGCCCUCCAUCGACGAGCUCCAAGCCGCCAAUGACCCGAUGUACGCGGCCGAGCGCCGCCUCACAGAGGAAUGGCGGAUGCAAUCCGACGCGGCACUCGACGCGGCACUCGAGGCCACCCUCAACGACCUGCAGGCCAGGUGGGACGCGACACGGCUCCAAGCGGAAACGCUGCGUCAAGACGGACUGCACAGGCUGCACCUGGAGGAACAGCUGAUCCGCUUUCUGGUCCACUUUAUGAAGACGGUCAGCAGGCAGGUCGAGCUGGUCGAGGGGUGUGAGCGGGAGAUGGCGCGGAUCAUUACUGUCGAGAGGUACAGGUCGGAUCGGGAGCGUCAGGAGGAGGAGGAGGCAGGUAAAGAGGAAGAGUAA